UGACUUACACAGAUAAGACUUAUAUGGUUGCUUAUAAUUGUUUGAUUUUAUGUGAUCCUUAUAAGUUUCAAAUAUUUAUAAAUUUUUUUUUCCUUAUAAAAAAAAUAAAUUCGUUGUCCUGACUUAGUGGGUCAGACAGGGUUCUUUCUUCAUUGAUCGGUUUCCUAUAAACUUAACAUUUUAAAACUCGUGAUGUUCCUUGCUGUGUAAGAAUAUCAUACACUGUAUUGAUCUUCACAACAAUGUAUGUCAAGAACAAUUGAACAAAUAUACCUUGUCAACUAUGAAGCCAAAGGCCACCGGAAAGUUGUCAUCUGCGAAAGCAAGCGCCACCGCCAGCGGUGGUGGUUCGGAGGUGGCAGAAUGGGAAAUCAGACCAGGGGGGAUGUUGGUACAAAAGCGGAAUUUGGAUCCAACUCAAACUUCAAUUCCAAUUCCCACCAUAAAAGUCAGGGUCAAGUAUGAAUCAUCCUAUCAUGAAGUCAACAUCAGUCCUCAAGCAAACUUUGGGGAAUUGAAGAAAAUGGUUGGAUCACGAACUGGGUUGCACCCAAAUGAUCAGAAAUUGAUGUAUAAGGGCAAGGAGAGAGAUUCAAGAUCAUAUCUGGACGUGGUAGGAGUGAAGGAUGGAUCGAAAAUUGUAGUAAUUGAGGAUGUUGUUAGCCGAGAGAGACGACUUCUUGAAUUGCAGAGGAAUGCAAAGAUGGACGAGGUAUCGAAAGCAAUAUCACAAGUUGGAAUAGAAGUUGAUAAGCUUGCUAAGCAGGUUGCAGCUUUGGAGUCGGAAAUUUUUGGCGGCAGGAAAGUGGUGGAGAGAGAGUUGUUGAAUUUGAUCGAAUUGUUGAUGACACAACUGAUCAAAUUGGAUGGAAUAGUAGUAGAUGGAGAUGUGAAAUUGAAGAGAAAAAUGCAGGUGAGGAGAGUACAAAAGUAUAUUGAAACGCUUGAUAUGCUGAAGAUUAGGAAUUCUAUGAUUGGCAGCAAUGGGGUUGAAGUUCCACUGCAACAGCAACAAAAGAAGUCAACUGGGCAAAUGCAAAAGCAGAGGAAUUCUACAGUGCAGAUACUACCACCAGUUGUGGUGACAACAAAAUGGGAGACAUUUGAUUCCGGUUCUGCGUGAUCACCGUACACUUCGAUUUCUGCCAUUGAUGACCGGACUUCGCAGCAAAAUUGGGAUUUUAUUUUGGAGUUGAGUCCUGAAAUUUGUAUAUAGUCAAUAUGUUUUUUCUGUGAAUUGAUUUGUUUCUUUGUUUUAGUUAUUUUAGUUGUCAGAACUUUUUUUAUCCAUCUGUUUCUGCUUCUCAUUUUAGGAAUUGAUGUGGGUUUUCCAAAUUUUCAACCCAUUCUUCUUGUGGGACUAGCUCAAUGCAAUUUGUGAAUAGCAGAUACUUGUUGCUGUGUGUAUGUGUGUGUGUAGCAGAUGUAUGUGAUAAAAAUUGUUGAAAUACACUAUUCACAUUAUGUGUUUCAUUGAUU